CCAUACCAUGUUUGAUAGGUUCAGUUAGAUAUGGCCGUCUCAAAAGCUGGAGUUUUAUCCUUCAUCCUGCCGGUCUUCCUGGCAGGUUUCGUCACCCGUCCUCCGAUCAUUGAAGAUUCAGCUAAGCAGCUCGCUAAUCACGUGCAGAAUGCCAACAUUUCAGCUGAGGUUGUUUCUGACAAAAUCAACCAAGUCGUCCACAGUUCUGGCUUCAAGUUUCUUCUUGUCUACGGACUUGCUGCCGUGCUGACUUACUUGGCUGUUCAGCUGUACAAGGCGGUGACUGAGCCCUUGGCACUCUACUGCGAUGAGACCAAAUAUACGUAUUUAGUGGACGGCCCAGCCGACGGCAAAUCGGCUGAGGAACGAGUGAGGGAUUUGAAGAGAUGUCGGAAGGUCGGAGACGUUCCCCCUGUCUACCCGAAUGGCUGGAUGUCUAUCCUGAUGUUGUCUGAAUUGAAGAAGAAGGAGCACAUAUUCGUUGCCGUUGCUGGUAAGAACUUGGUGGUAUUCCGAGGAGAAAGUGGGCGGCCCUACGUCGUUGACGCCUACUGUGCUCAUCUAGGCGCCAAUCUGGCCAUAGGUGGCUCAGUACACGGUGAAUGUAUCGAAUGUCCCUUCCAUGGCUGGAGAUACCGGGGAGAAGACGGCAAGAGGGCUUUCGUUGGUCAGGCCCACUUUACCGACGUCAGCUGGGAGCCACACCCUACCGACAAGCAUGUGGCUGUACUUCGUAUGUCCACCAAACCCCCGUAUUUUUUUAAUCUGCUCAACCUGCUGGCAAACACCUUCCAUAUCGAGCAGAUAGGACCCUGCUUCGCCCAUUUCCACAUGGACAGUCCCCUGCUGGGUGAGCUACAAUUGGUCUUAACCGUCACUCCUGUUGGACCCAUGCGACAGAGGAUUGUGACCACUGGGUAUACCCGGAGAGGACCCAUCUCAUUCUACAUUGGCAAGAAGACCUUGUAUGAACAGUACUACCAGAUUUGGGGUGACCUUCCGGUGUGGGCCAACAAGAAGUACGUUCGUAACCCCCCGUUUGUGAAGGAGGAUCAUCUGAUAGCGAAACAUCGCCGAUUCUUCUCCCAGUUCUACUCUGAGAACAGCCCCAAGUACGACCCGAAAGAGGAAUCUAUGGAUUGGUAAAAUUACCGUCUAAGGUUAAAAAGAGAGUACAUGUGUAUCUCAAAGCUGUCACUUUUAAUAUUUUGGCUUGGCGAUCUACGAGAAAAGGCUAAAGACUAGAAUUUUGCGCUUUCUUUUGUAAUUCAUAUGCAAAGAACAUUCAUGUAAUUGCUGUAAUAAAAGGAAUUAUUUAAGUGUUGUUAUUGUCAUACGAUUUGUUACGUUAACGUAUAAUUGCUUCAUUAUAAUGUGCUAUACGCUUUAGAAAGCAACCACAUAAUUAAUGUUUUACAAACAAGGAUGACGAGGCGUUGAGUUAAAAUAGAUAUAUCUUUUUUAGAAUGUAAUUACUGUUUCGCUCGGAAACCAAAACGAAUUGGUCUAGAUGAGCGUAGAUAAACAUUAAAAACGUUUGACUCAAUUUUAAAGGGAAGGGGCCGGGAAUGUCUAAAACAAAUAUUUAGGGGAAUAUUUACCUGAAUACCAUUUUGAAACGUUUUGAAACGAUUUUAUUGCUGUAUUUUUGUGAACCCUACCCACAAGUAUGACAGAAUUGAAUUGAAGAAAAUAAUUUGUUUGAACGUACUCCCGAAAUUUCCUGUAAUCGUAGAAAAAUUCCCAGUUUCGCCCGAGGGCUAAUUCAUUCAAAACUUUUUGAUAACUUACUUUGUUUUCUGAUAAACACGUUGUGUGACAUGAAUAAAUAAUCCACCUGUUGAAAUUGAAGUUAAGAUGCACUUUGAUGUGACAACUGAAGGUUACAAUUUUCGAAUAUCACUUCACUUCGUCGACGUUUCUGGGAAUCGCCGAAAGAGUGCAGUAGUUACAACCUCGAUCCAGCUCUUCGUGAGAGGCAUCAUAUAGGAAAUAACGUUCUUGUACCUUCAGGGGGGUGAGGUGGGCAUGCGCAAAUACAAAACACUGCGACGACCAUGAAUUUUACGACGGAUUAUGUUAUCAUUUACUCAAUUGUUGCAGUUCGAUGGUCCAAAAGACAAGGGAUCCUAUUAAAAAUCGUUUAAUGUACCUGGAAACUUGCACAAUUGUUUUGAGCAUUGUAGCCUAUUUGAUCCCUCCAAAUCAUAAGGGAAAAUCGUGUGUACAGAGAAACAAAUAAUGAGUAUCAUCAGCAUGCUUUUUUAUUAACAAAAACGUGUUAAUAUUUUCAUCAUCUGCUUGCUCUUUAUAUAGUUUGCUUUUAGUAGCCUAUACUUCUAUUUGUACUGUAAACAGGUUCUUAUCGAUAAUUUAGGUACAACGUUGUGAGUAGCGGCGUAGACGGUGGCGUGGCAUGGGGGCACGCUCCCUCUAAACAAUCUGGAAAUGUGUAUCACCAUGGUUAAUGGUUUAACAGAAAGUGGGCGCCCCCACAUAACAUCCA